GGCUGAGCCCGCCCCUCUGCGGGCGCUGCGCGGAGCCAGGCACAGAAAACGGGUAAUAACUGAAGACGACCUCACAGCAGGAAAGUGAAAUCAGAUUGGCAAUGCAUCCGUGAGUGGCAUGAUUGAAGACAAGACAAAAAGCAGGCUGCAGCAAAAGGUGUGAGCUUCAUACUUUAUCCCUGAAACUAGGUUACAGUUGAAGAGAUCAAGAUGAUUCCAAAUUACCCCGCUGAAGAAAAUGUUAAAAGAAUCCACGUCGACUGUCCCGUUUCAGGGAGGCACAGUUACAUCUACAUUAUGGUUCCGACCGUUUACAGCAUCAUCUUCGUCAUAGGCAUAUUUGGGAACAGCCUGGUCGUUAUUGUCAUCUACUGCUACAUGAAAUUAAAAACAGUGGCCAGCAUCUUUCUCCUAAACCUGGCGCUGGCUGACUUGUGCUUUUUGAUAACUCUGCCCCUCUGGGCAGCCUACACGGCCAUGGAGUACCAGUGGCCUUUCGGCAACUGUUUGUGCAAGUUGGCGUCAGCCGGGAUAAGUUUCAACCUCUAUGCCAGCGUGUUCCUGCUCACCUGCCUCAGCAUCGACCGCUACCUGGCCAUCGUGCACCCGGUGAAGUCCCGAAUCCGCCGUACCAUGUUUGUCGCCAGGAUAACCUGCAUUGCCAUCUGGCUGCUCGCCGGCGUGGCCAGCCUGCCCGUCAUCAUCCACCGCAACAUCUUCUUUGCCGAGAACUUGAACAUGACGGUCUGUGGUUUUCGGUAUGACAACAAUAACACAACGCUCCGGGUCGGAUUGGGUUUGUCCAAAAAUUUGCUGGGCUUUUUAAUUCCUUUUCUGAUCAUAUUAACGAGCUACACCUUAAUUUGGAAGACCUUGAAGAAGGCGUAUCAAAUUCAAAAAAAUAAGACUAGAAAUGAUGAUAUUUUUAAGAUGAUUGUGGCAAUAGUGUUUUUCUUCUUCUUUUCCUGGGUUCCUCAUCAAGUGUUCACUUUUCUGGAUGUGUUAAUUCAGUUACAUGUAAUAACAGACUGCAAAAUCACCGAUAUUGUGGACACGGCUAUGCCCUUCACCAUUUGUAUUGCCUACUUUAACAACUGUCUGAAUCCCUUUUUUUAUGUUUUUUUUGGAAAAAACUUUAAAAAAUACUUCCUUCAGCUAAUUAAAUACAUUCCACCGAAUGUCAGCACACAUCCAAGCCUAACGACAAAAAUGAGCUCCCUCUCAUAUCGGCCACCAGAGAAUAUACGUUUGCACACUAAAAAAACUGCUGGGCCUUUCGACACCGAUUGAUGCGUUUUGCAGUACACUCAUUUUGAACAACCUUGAGUACGAAGCAGCAAGAAUGACAAGACUCAUUUGCAGUCCUGAACAUCACAGCUUACUGCUCAUUGCAGAGACAUUAGAUCAUCUCAGAGAAGUCAUACUGUAAAGAUUUAGCAGUGGCCUUCCAUCUUACACUGUGAAGAGGACUGUUUGGUUUUCAUUUUGUUUUUCUUUACUGAAAGCAACAUAAAAUGGUGGACAGGCAUGUCAGAGUUCCUGCCAGCGUCCUGCUGUUUACUCAGAACUACAAAAGAAGGGUACAGAAAACUCCUAUCUUAAGUUCAGAGGUGUUUUAAAAGGAAAAGCUCGUAUAAAUUAUAUGAAAUACAAAGAAGCUGUUUUGCAUAUAUGUGAGCAAUUUUGUUCAGGGAGUUAGUAGAGCUAUGUUGCUUCUUGGUUUUUUUUAAUGACAUAAAUGUCCUAUCAUCAUAUUUAUAAUAUAUUUUCAAAUAUAUUCUAUAUAUAGAGGCCCAAUUUUAAACUCAAAUGGAAAUUGAAGGUCUUUGAAAUUGUUCUCAUUCUGAUUUAUGCUACUAUUUUUCUUUUUUUUUAAUGGUAAUUUUUUCAUAAAAAUAUAUGCAAUAAAAUGCAGAUUUAUUU